CAUUCUUACCCCUCCCCCAUGAAUUCAUGUUCUUGUUACACGCGUGGGCACAUGAGACGCAUGUUGCUCUGGUGAAAUGAUGGAUGCUGGUUUCUUUAGGGGAACAAGCGCGGAACAGGACAACAGGUUUCUUAAUAAACAGAAGAAAUUGCUCAAACAAAUGCGCUUCGAUGACGCUCUCAACGAAAAGGUUGAUAUGGAGAAGGUCAGUGUUGAUACAAUCAAACCAUGGAUUAGUAAACGUGUGACAGAACUGCUUGGCACAGACGAUGAUGUACUUCUUGAGUUUAUUAUCAAUAUGCUGGAGAAAGAACAGCACCCAGACCCUAAGACCAUGCAGAUCAACAUAACUGGUUUCCUUAAUGGUAAAAAUGCUCGAGUUUUCAUGAAAGAACUUUGGGAAUUGCUCUUAAGUGCUCAAAACAACAUUGGUGGUAUUCCGACUGUGUUUCUGGAGAAAAAGAAAGAGGAAAUACGUCAAAGAAAAAUGGAACAAGAACGGAUACAAGCUAACCUCAGUGAAAAACUGGAUGAUCCUGAACAGCUCGAACCUGACAGCACAAAUGCAGAAAAGAUAGACAAAGAGGAUGAUGAAAAGAAUGAGAAGAAAAAGGGAGGCAGUGGUUCAGAUUCUGAAGAUCCUGAUGAUAAAAAGAAGAAUUCAGCGUUUCAUGGUCAGGGCUCGGAUAGAGUUAGGCGUACCCGUUUAGCAUCGUCAAAUGCGCCAACCGUGAUACCCAGUAAGCGUAUCAAAGCAGGUUGGCUGGAUGACCACAUGCGUUUCAAAACUAUGGUCUCCCGUGGUACAGAUCCUGAUAUUUUGCUAGUGGGGGACUCCUUAAUUAAAGGUCUUGCUCGUUAUGCUAAUGUUUGGAGGAAAUACUUUGCCUCAAUGAACUGCCUUAAUUUUGGUCUUGGCGGUGACCGGGUACAGCAUGUUCUCUGGCGUUUAAGGCAUGGCGAAUUGAAUUGUGAUCCAAAAAUUGUUGUUCUUCACUGUGGAACAAAUAAUAUCGGCAAGGAUACACCCAAAGAAAUUGCCGAAGGCCUUCUAACAAUUGUGGAUCAAAUUAGCAUGGAUUGCCCUUAUACUAGAACUAUUGUAACAGGGUUACUGCCGAGGGAUUUAGAACCUUCUGAUUUCCGAAAAGAUAUAAAUGAAGUGAAUAAGAUAUUGAUGGAAAAUAUUGAGUUUUGCGAUGAGAUGAAAAAUGUCUUCUUUCUUGAGACAGCUAAGGAUUGGAUAUUGGAAAGUGGCAGGCUUGAUGAACGUUUAUAUUUCACUGAUUGUUUGCAUCUUGUUGAGGCCGGUGAUGAAAAAUUUGCUAAGGGAAUUAAGGAAAAAAUUGACGAAGUUCUUAAGAUCAUUGACAGCAAUAAGGAUAAGGACAAAGACAAGAGAGAAAAAGAUUCAAAGAGACGAAAAAGGUCAUAUUCUCGUUCUCAGUCUCGCUCCCGUUCAAAGUCGCCUCGUCGUCGUUCGCGUUCGCCUUCACCUCGUCGUCGCUCACGUUCUCCAUCGCCACGCCGUCGCUCGAGAUCCCCUCGAAGACGCUCGCCAUCACCUCGUAGACGUUCGCCCCGUCGUCGUUCACCUUCACCACGAAGAAGAAAACGAAGUUACUCCAGAUCGCCUUCAAGAUCUUGGUCACGAUCACCUGUCCGUCGGAGAUCUCCGCCCAGACGAUCGUACUCACGACGCUCACCGUACAGAUCCCGAAGAUACUCACCACCCAGAAGAACUCCACCAAGACGACGAUCAAGAUCUCCACGUCCUGCUCGAAGAUCUCGUUCACCUUCUCCACGUAAUCGCCGUCGUGGUCGCUCGGCUUCGGAGUCUGCCUCGUUCACCUCCGAGUCUUCCAAAUCAUCGCGUUCACCUUCAGCAGAGAGACAGAAGAAAGUGGAGAAGAAACCAAAAGAAAAGAGUGAAGAUAUAAAGAAAGAAAAGGAAAAGAUGAAGAAAGAUGAAGAGGAAGACGAAGAUAAAGUUGGAAAAGAUGUUGAUAUGGAUGAAGCAAAAAUGGGAGAACGAGAAGACUUUGAUGAAGGAAAGGAGAAGAAAACGAAAGAGGGUAAAAAAGAGAGAAGAAAGGAAAAGAAGAAAGGAAAGGAGAAACAGAAAGAUGAUAGUGAAAGCGAUUAUUCAUCCGAGCCAAAAACUAAAGCUGCGCAAGAGGCGUCGAAGAAGGGAAAGAAUCGUAAUUACCGACAUCACUCGCCGUCAUCGUCUUCGGACUCCGAGAACAGUGCUCGUGAACGUUCGGUGGAUAAACGUAAGCGCUCGACAUCCCGUGAUAGACGACGACGACCAUCUCCACGUCGUAGAGAAUUGUCUCCCCGCAGACGCAAACCAUCACCAAGACGAGAAUACUCCCCUCCACGAAGACGAGACCAUUCACCACGCCGCAGUUCACCACGACGAGGUCGUGAAGCUCCACGUCGUCGCCGACCAUCCUCCGAAGAUGACACGAGACGACGACGACGUCAAGUAUCAAGGUCGCCCGCGAAGAAGAAUCGAGGGAGAUCAUCGUCUGCUGAACUACCCGCAAAACGAGCAAGAAGUCCCCCAAGAAAGACAAAACCCCCCCAGAAAUCAUCCUCCUCUCGUUCCCCCUCGCCCCAAAAACCCAAAAUGAAAUCAAAGAUUAAAAAAGAUCGUAGCCACUCUAGUUCAGCAUCUGAUGGAUCCCCCACCCCUCAACGUAAACAGUCCCCACAACCCAGAAAGAAACAGAGAGAGGAAACCCCACCCCGUAAACAAAAGCGUGAUGAAAGUGAUGAGCGGGGUAAAAAACAACGCAAAGACCCGUCACCCAGUCGAAAGAAAAACAGAGAUGAAUCCCCCGUGGACCGUCGUAAAAAGAUGCGUGAUGACUCGCCUCAACCUCGUAAAAAACAACGACAAGACUCCCCUGAAGUUCGCCAAAAACAGCACGAAGAUCAGGCUGAUGUACGCGGUAAAAGACGCGAUGAUUCGCCCGAUGUUCGCAAAAAACAACGGGAGGAGUCGCCCGAAAUACGUAAAAAGCGUGAUUCUUCACCCGUACGUCGCGUGAAACAGGCUCCCGAGGAUUCAACGGGCAGCGACGAUGUCGAGCGAGGAGAUUCACCGCAGCCUGUUAGGAAGAGUCGUAGAACUCCUGAAUCUGGUCAAAAAACGAAGUCUAAACGAGAUGAUCAGUCCAGCUCUCCUGAACGUGAGGAAGAGCCUCCAAGAAGAUCGCCUUCACCAAGUCCUGAACUAAGACGAGAACGAAGCUCACAAGAAGUUGAGGCUUCAGAAAAGGAGCGUGCAGAGAAGAGCAAGAGAAGUGAAGUAAGUCGUAAUGAGGAAAGUUCUUCCGAUAAGGAGGAAGUGGAGAGAAUUGUUGAGAAGAAACAGAAAAGACCUUCAUCACCAUUUUCACCGGCUGAAGAAAAGGAGAGUUCUGAUGAGGAGAAAGAUGAGAAAAAUGAAGAUAGGAAAUCAGAAAAAAAGAAGAAACGGAAACAUAAGAAGCACAGCAAGAAACAUAGGAAACACAAGAAGCAUAAAUCCAAGGACAAAACUUCUGAUAAAUCAGAUAGCGAAGGCGAUGAGGAGAAUUUAGAUCUGGAGAAAUCACUUCGGGAGAAAGCUUUGGAGUCUCUAAACCGCCAUAAAGCACGUGCAGAUGAAGAUGAUCGUGAUGAGGACGACGAAUAUUAGAAAACUUAGAAACGCCAUUGUUUGAAAUUGGCUUGCUUUGUAUUACUUUGAAUCAGCCUGAGAUGCCACUGCAAUCAAGAGGCGAAUACUGAAUCGAUCAGAAUAAGCUGGGAAGUCGCCAUUAACUGAAUUGAUAUUUAAUAGGGAUUGGAAACUUGACUGUAACGUUUCGUCUGUAGAUUUAGAUGACUCGUAAUGCUUUGACUGUGUUAGUAUUUGAGAAAAUCAUCGGUUUUAUCUUUCUAAAUUCUAAUGAACAAGUUUCCCGUCUCUAAUAUGAAUUCAGGUAUUCUUUAGGAAGAAUAACACGAGCAAUCUUGUUUGUGCUUUACCAUUUUGAGUAAGAAAAUAUCUAAUUAUCUAAUUCUCUCUGCCUUAAGCAGGAAUAGUUCUUAAAAACUAUCACUUGUGUAAAAUGUAAUUUGAUUUUUUAUGAUAAAACACGACUGACUACUCCCGUUGGUUUGACCAUAUU